AUGUCGGAACAACAACAGCCGAAGCAGCGCACCGCCGUUUCUGUGACUGCCGCCAGCAAGGCAGAGGUGACGGUGGAGGAAAACUUUGCCGCGAUGCGCCACGCCGCGAUGUCGAUGUUCAAGCAGCGCACAAAGGACCUCACAAUGGUGUCUGCACUGACCGCUGAGGCGGAAGUAGUGGAGAAGCUUAACUGCCAGGUGCAGUCGACCAUCAACAGUCUGCAGGAGCAGAAGGCAAUUCUGGAGGCGAGGAUUGAAGCGGAGGAGCGCCGCGUGAAGGAACGUGAGGAGCAGCUGCGAGGGGUCCACACAAUGCUCGCCCAAAUGAAGGAGGAUCAGGGCGUUUUCUCUGGCGUACGGCGUUCCUCUGAGAAGAUUGCCAUGACACUCCAUCAGUUUGUAACGCAGUACACAGCAAAGGGUGGUAACGUUGUGCAUCUUCUGGAACGGUGCCAUGAACGGACUCAUGGACGGGCACCGAAUGAGUGGCGGACGGCAACGAAUGACCUUCGAAGGCGUCAAUCUGUUCUGGAGGAGCAUAUCAAACACAUUGAGACACAUCAGACAAUUCCUUGCGGCUUUGCAGAUAUUUUGCUGGAGUGGUCUCGUGGGGUGUGGAGGCAGCAACACGAGUGUGCGACGGCACUACAUGUGUGUGAGCAGCUGCUCUCUCAUGAUGCCUUGGGCGCUAUUCGCGGACUACUACCGCCACCCACACUUGUUUACGGCCACGAUAGUUUGGAUGAGGAUUGUGACAUUUAUGCGGAUGCAUGCAUGCGUGAGACUGACAAUCUUGUCGGUGUGGGAAAGACCAUUGAGGGCGAAGGUGAAAAUGUGGGUCUUUGCUGCGCUGUUGUUCCAAGCGAGCGAGUGGAGAUGGCGCGGUCACGCUGGACAUCCGUUCAUCGCUUACGACUCUCCUUGCGAGAAGUUGUCGCGGCAUCAUGUGACCUUUCCAAAGAAUUGGAAGAGCAGCUCAUGUUGGUAAAGCUCCUCUCAGAUCGUGUUGUUGUCUUGGAUGCACAGAUUGAAGAUGCUCAGUCCAACCUGCAACAGGAUUCUAUCACAAUACAGAGAGAAAAGGAAAUGCAUGAAAAUUUGUUUUCCUCCUGGCAAAAGGCAUUACAAACGUCAAUUGUACACAUGCAGUGCGAGGCCACAUGCCGUUCUGCAGUGGAGAGCAAGGAGGCCGAUAUGGCGAGGCAAGAGGUUGAGCUGGAGGCCAAAACGGCGGAGAUGGAGGCGCAGUGGACGACUCUUCACACGCAAGCGAUGCAACUUUACACCACGCUUUUGGUUGAGGAGCAGCAAAGAGCGGAAGCCCUGUGCCACCUAACCUCCGCCACGGAUGAGCAAAGAACACAAGAAACGCGACUAGUUGCUCUUCACGAGGUCUGUGAGAAGUUCGAGGGUGCGGUGCGGCAGGAGUGUGACGAGAUGGAUCGGUGUGCCCUCGCCAUUUUGAAUCAUGCCUCCCAUGGGAUGGGGGCGGGGGCGGCAGGACAGGACAACGGGAGGGACGAAAACAACGAGGCGGUGGAGGAGGAAGAUUCCACUCGAGCCUCUGCAAUAAACGACUUUCUUGAGCAACUCUUGCAGUGCCAAAGGGAGGAGGAGAAGGAGGAGGCGCAGCGGGAGAGCGUUGCGUUGAGUUCUUUGAUGGCAUCAACGGGACUGGACGCGGAAUUGUUGCAGCGCGCAGCCGAUUCACUUGCCAGCCUCCAGCAGGGGGUGGAUCGUGAAAUGGGGAUCCACCUCCAGUGGAGACAAGAGACAGAAAAAGAGCUGCUCGCCUUGGCAGUCGAGUGA